CCACCAUCACCAGAUCCUCAUAAUCCAUAGAACAAUCUCAUUACUCACCUCUGCCACAAUUACUAUCAGUAAAAAUCCUCCCAGAAUAAAUAAAUGUUGAGUCAUCCAGUAAUAUCACCAAUCAAUUCGCUUUGAUAGCUUGGGUCGACAAAAACGUGCGUCUGGAGAAGUUCAUCAACGAUAACACUAAUCUGUGAUCAAAAUAAAAAAAAAGAAUUCGGUAAAAUUUAAUGCAGUAAUACUGCCUUCGUAAUGAGCAAUUACAAACCCGAGAGCAAUCUUGUUUGCAUAAUCCACAACAAAUUACCCGAGUGCACUUAGAAUCAACAUUCCCACCUGGGGAAUCACCCGGGGAAGAAGUGCAUGAAGUGUAAUGAAGUGGGGGACGAUUCGUGUGUACGUUUUCUUUCACGGGAAUGUGGGGCCCAGGGUCUGCAGUCUGACCCACUCACAUUCUCCUCAGUCAAGCCGCAGACGUGAAUCCUCACGUUUUAUUCCAUCCUCGUGAUUGCAAGGAGACACCAGAAAAAAAUCAUUGUCCUUUGAGAUAAUCUGGCGAAUUUUUUGUUCCAUUUCGUUUCGAUCAUUCAUGAGACGAGCGAGGGGACUGGUGACGGUGGGCCUGGGGUUUUUGACAGUGAUCUUCAUAGUAUUCAAUGUGAGACCGGUGAAAGAAGUGAAGAUCAAUGAAAGAAGUAGAAGAAGAAUCGAUUAUGAUGUCUCGGAUUUUCAUGAUGUGUUCACCAAUGCACAAACGCAUCACUCGGUCACACCCUCACUUGCUGAGCUUGGAAUCCGAGGAAUUUUACCAGAGAUGAAUGAAGACAUCCUCAUGGUGACUAGAAUACCAGGUGCUGGUGCUGAAUUGCUGGUUCUCAUUCUUCAGCGAUUGCAGGGAUACAAUGCGUUUAAACAUAUCAGACUGCCACCAGGUGAUAGUGGAUUACUCUCAUCUCUUCAACAGGAAUUGCUGGUAGAGGAAAUAACGAGCAUCAUUCGGCAAGAGGCAAUUCCAUUGAGUUUCGACGGAGACGUGAGAUUUCUCAAUUUUUCACAAUUCGGGAGACAAGCACCUGUUUUUGCAUCACUAGUACGAAACCCCAUGGACCCCAGGACCCUCCAAAGGUAUCGCAGAGGUGGUGCCACGGCCAUUUAUCGAGGAUCAAUAGCUCAUUUCUGCGGACAGGAUCCACGAUGCACGAAAGUCAAUACGAAGUGGCGAUUGCAACGAGCGAAGGAGAAUGUCCUCAAGUGGUACAAAGUCAUCGGAAUCCUGGAGCACAUGGAGGAGACAUUGUCCCAGCUUGAACGACAGUCUCCUUACUUUUUCACUGGUGCUCUAAAAGUCUAUAAAAAACUCCGACCCCACAAAACACAUCAUCAAAACACAACACUCACCCUGAAGCCCGCCACGAAAAAACGUUUAGGGGAACUCUUCAGGGAUGAAGUAGAGUUCUACAUGUGGCUAAAGUCCCGAUUGCUGAGUGGUGCAUAUGGAGAUGGUUGACACUCAGUUCAGGAUUGAUGAUGUCCUGAUCGAAGGUCGUCGGCGAAAGCAGAGGAUGGGAAUGAUGAGGUCAUGGGCAUCAGCGACAGAGAAUUCAACCCGUGUGACACAAUGUGGAAUAGAACUGUACAAAGGGCCUUUUCAAUGUGAUAUAUCCUUGAGGACUCUGGUAGCCGCUCUAAAUAACACAGCGUAAAAAUAUUACGGAACGAUAGAACAGUUUUUAAUAUUAUGACGAAAAAUAUCACAACGAAAAUAUUGGUAGUAAUAUUACACUGUCAACAUAUCACAGCGGGCAAUGUUAUUGAUAACUAUGGAAUACACUCAAAACACAAUAAUUAUCGCUACUCCGAUUCUCCCUUUUGUUGAUCUGCCACAAUAUUUUAAUCCUUUAUUUUUGCCUUGGAGUUUGUUUAUGGAAUUCUAGGCUGAUCAGUUUUCUAUUUAUGAUCGAUUAGUUUUCUAUCAUUGUGGUUAUUUAGAUAUUGAUUUUCCUGAUCUGUACGUGUAAUAUUUUGAUUUUGUGUGAUUACCUGUAUGAUACUCUAAGAUGUAUAAUAUUUGGACUGCGUUAUCUUUAUUGCAAUAUUUUUCAGUGCAACAUCAUUAUUGUAUGGUAUUUAGAGCGGUACACUGGAUUCUUUAUUUAUUAGUGAAUUAAGAUAACUGUAACUUUUUUCAUUCAGUUAAAUAUCAAUUCGCAGUGAAAAUAGGAGAGACCACAAGUAAUUCCUAAUCGAAGAGAGAUGCACAAUUUUUUUUUAUAGAAAGUUUUUUAUAUUCCUCAAAAAAUCAUUAACUACAUCGAUUUGGUACUUUCAU